AUGUCUGCUCCAGCUGUUGCUUCACCCAAGCCUGCCAAGGCCUCCAAGCCCAAGACCGCCAAGAAGGCUGCGUCCCACCCGACCUACUCGGCCAUGAUCCGAAAGUCCAUUUCUGAACUCAAGGAUAAGUCUGGAUCGUCCAAAGCCGCCAUCCUCAAGUACAUGCUGGCUCAUUACAAACUCGGCGAGAAUGUGACCAAGAUCAAUGCUCAACUCCGUUUGGCCCUUAAACGAGGUGUCGUGAAGGGAGACCUGAAGCAGGUUAAAGGAAGCGGAGCAUCCGGGAGUUUCAGACUCGGAGAGAAGAAAGCCGCUGCUCCUGCCGUCAAGAAGGUUGGUACUAAAUUAUCCACUCACUUCUAUUCAAUGCAUGAUGAUUGCAUCUGUUUGGAGGUUAUAGAAAGUUAUGCUUUACAGAGCGUCACAAAGAAACCCGCUGGUGCUAAGAAGCCUAAGAGUCCGAAGAAGAAGGCCGCUGCAGCUAAGAAGCCCAAGGCAGAGAAGAAAGCUAAGAGUCCGAAGAAGGCCAAGGCACCCAAAGCUAAGACCGCUAAGAAGGCGACGGCUAAGACAUCCAAGCCCAAGGCCACAAAGCCGAAGGCCUCCAAGCCGAAAGCAGUGAAGAAGGUCAAAGCCUAA